CCCAUAAUGCCAAACAGAACAAAAAGUAACAUCAAAUGCGAUUUAACCCCACGUAGAAGUGGUAAGGUGACCCACAAAAACAUCUCUCUUUUUUUUUGUCUCUUUUCUCUUGAUUUCAGAAAUCGAAGUAGAAUCGAGAUCGUUCGGAGUUGCAUACCGGGAGACACAGUACUAUGCUCUUGUUAACCUCAAUCCUCUCUCUAGUGGCAUCCGGUAAAGACGCAUAGGUUCUCCUCAACUGCCAGCUCCGUCGUGGACGCUCAACGUCCCACUCGUUUCACUCCCGGUACUGAAGCACCACGUGGACACCUGGUCGGACCCUUAGCAAUGUCUGUCUCGGUCGCACAGCACCCCGUAGCCCUUGGCGGCAGUUUCAGUAACAGGCAGGUCGGCGUUGAGUACCUGUCUACCCUAUCCCACACGGAUACACUAUCCGCCGCGCUCUACAGCCGCGACCACAGCAGCCCAGUUGAUAGUUCGGCAUAUCCUUGCGGGAACUCCAAUCAGUCCGACAAAUUGAAAGAAUCCAGUUCGGGUGUGUGCCGGGUGCCUAGCUUAGCGACGCAAGAUACAAAUAUUACAGUAGAUAAAGCAGAUUUUAACCUGAACAGCAUUAGCUCCAACGGAUCCACUUUCAAAACGGUAACUUCUGAGAUUAUGUCCUCAGAAAACAAUGAUCCAAAGCUGAACAUGAUUCAAAAUCAGCGAGAAUCGAGUACUUCCGACAUGCCAAGCGAUACAGGUUUAUUCGUCGAUCAAGAUCCGUCACGAGAGAAAUUUGAUUUAGAAUCAUUUAUGCGACAUUUCCCAAAGAGUAGAAUGUCGAUACCCGAAUCGAAGCCAGUUCCAGAGCUUACCUCAAGGUUAGAUGAUACCAGUAUCGCGAAGCCGACUACAACGACCAACAAUUACCACAAGCCCAUGUUUGAUCCGAUUCCGAGGGCUUCAUUGAACACACCACCUAGUAAUGACGUCAACCCCGAAACUGCACAAGAUCCAUGCACAAGUCCUAAGAAGGACGACAGUGUAUCUGAAGAGAACACUGAGAGCACCAACUAUGAAGAUGCUGAGAACGUGCAGUUCAACUCUCUAUUAGCUACAAGGUUAAAGUCGUCCAUUCAGUCCGAGUUUCUGUCCAAAGAACUUUUUUCAGAUUCCAAAGCGCAGGCGCCUGAGAGAACUAUUGACGACAUUAUGAGAGAUUACGGCAUCAAAGUCUCGGGUGGAGCGCAGACUUACAAAUCAGGUCAAUUCAUGUCUUCCAUGAGUGUAAAUAGCAACGUUUCGGGUAAUAACGAAAAUGCCAAAUCUAUGUCGUAUGGGCUGGAUUCCUUUGGCUCUUCCCGUCUCGGCUCGGGUUUAAACCCCACACAACCAGAAAUGGGGACGCCUUAUCAGUUGGGCAAUGCCCAGUUUUCGAAGGAAUUGGCUAAAAACUUGACGCAGGAUACAUCCGUUACCGGGUUGAAUCCGAAUUCAAUGAAUUGUUCACAAAACAAUGAGACGGAAGGCUCUCCAAAGGAAGAACAAAAGAGUUUUGGUACGUCAGUAGAUCUAUCAAUGGCCUCAAAAUAUCAAAACACAGCCAGAACAUCUUCUACUUAUAACACAGGAGCGGAAAAACAGGGUCCUUUCUCAGGAGAUGUUUCAUACCAAACAUCCACAGACUAUAAGAAAUUCGACAGUCAUCUGACCCAGAGCACAACCAACUUCGCCGGGAAAUACAGCAGCACUGAUUUCGGCAAGCAAACGGAUCUUCUGCGAACAGACGACAAAGUCACCGCUGGCAUAAAUAGUGAGUUGUCUGCUUCUUACUCUCCGGGCAGAGGCAGUAAUUUUCGCCAUUACAAUCAGUUGGGCGCGGCCGACGCUCUAGGAUUCUCUAUCCAGGCGGAAAAGCAGAGGCUCAGGAACAUUGACGCCAUGAUUGCCACCACUCCGUUAAACACAAGAUACAAUGACCUUAAGCCGUACAAGUUUAGCACCAGUAGCUCCUUCGUGGCAAGUGACUUUGAUAGCCGAAAGCGCUAUUCAACUCCCACCCUUGCAGUGUCUUCAACACUCCCAUACCGAGCAGAGAUCAAUUCCAGGGUGGGCUGGUCCACCGGAGUAACUCAAAACGCCAUGGGCAAGUCGGUCUCGGCGCCGAACUACGAGUAUAGUCGCAACGUGACCACGACAGGCUCUUCGGUGGACUCUCAGCUUUUCAAUACCUCGAGGGACUAUUCGGGUAGCAAAAACUACCAAUACAACAACUGCACUUACUUGGACAACAACAUUCUGGACAAAAAACUGACCAUCAAAGAUUCCGCACCAAUCCUAAAGAAAAAGGUUGAGUCUUGUUUAAAGCCCUCCAUGAAAAUGAAUACAUCUAAUGUUGGUCGGGGCUCCCCCACGAGAACUGCUGUCACACGCCCAACCUCAGCGACGAACGUGAAAGUGUGCAAGGACAGUGCGGCGGCUAAGAGGAAGCAGAUUGGGAUUGCAUCUGCACCUCGAGGCUGUGUCAACGGGCGCAAAAAGGUCAACACAAACGAAAGCAGGAUGAGCGAAGAUUUCUUCCAUGAAUUUGACUUUAUCAAGGACCUAAACAGAAUGUGGCAACAUUCCAUUAACAACCUUGAGCCAAAAAAAAUCACAAAGCCAUCAAAAUAUCAGCCAUACAAGCCAGCAUCGACGGAAGAAAAGAUUCAGGAAAGGUCCGGCAUGUCUGCGGAACAAACUUCCUUCCACAGGGCACCAGAGAUGGUCAAGAACGCGUGGUCAGCAAGCUUUGAGCAAGACCUAGGGGCAGCAUUGGGCAGCUGGGGCAAUGGUUCAAUAUGCCGUCAAGCCAAAACAAUGCCAUCCAAGCAAAAUUGCGCGUCGGGAACCAAAUCGUUCACCGCUGCAAACUGCAACAACCAGCAACCGAAAUCUAUUCUUAAAAACAUGAGCAACAAGUCGUCAUUGACCCGAUCUAGUACUACGAUUACGUCAGGUAAAAGUAGCUCAAAGGUCACCACAACCUCUUCCAGGAAUUAUCCAAUCACCACAGCACAAAUGUUUGCAGGGCUCGCUAUCAAGAAAAAAGCACAAAUGAGCCAACCAGCCAAGCCAAAGAACACUAAAACUCGCAGCAAAACGCCUUUAAUCUAGAUUUACACUCUCAUUGCAAGCAGUUUACUGAAGUGUCGUACAACGGAUACAUUGAUCGCCGCUCGUCAUCCUCUAGCUAUACACCGAAAUAAACAUUUCUACUCUCUGCUUCAUGCCAAUCAAAAUGAACAAAAAAAAAAAAAAAAAAAAUAGCCAGUUCUAAGAAGCCUGUCGCUAAAGUCAGGGCGUCUUGAGCUAAAACAUUUGAUAUCGCUGACAGAAAUGAAAUAAAAAAAAAAAAUAAAAACAAUGAAAGAAAUUUUAAACCAAUAUACAUUUUGGAUCUAAUCGAGGUGAUGUAAACAAAAGCUAAUUUUUUUUCGGGACUACUUGUAAAAUGAAAUAAUUACUUUUAUUUGGCCUACCUAUAACCUAAGCGAAUUACAGAUAUUGCCAGGGUUGCCGAGUCUGUGUGCAGGUACUACCGGUUUUUUAUUGGUGGAGAUUUCUCCUUCCGCCGCCGAACUAUUUUUUGUCCCUAGUUCGGCUCUAGGCAAAUGUCAUUUAGACAUUCAUUAAAGCUUUUUCUUAAAACG